AUGGCCGACGACGAAAAGACAAAGGCUGAGAAGCUUGCUGCCGCGAAGAAGCGCGUCGAGGCGAUGAAGAAGAAGAAGAACAAGAAGGCUGGGUCAUCCAAGACGAAAGAGGAGGCAGAACCUGCCGCGGCGGCCGAGGCCGAAGCUGCGCCUGCCGAGGAGAAGCCAGAGGAGAAGGCCGACGAAGCUGUCGAGGAGAAGAACGAGGAGGCAGUCGAAGACACGAAGCCCAACACAGAAGAGCCCAGCACCGAAGACCGUCCCGCGUCCCCAUCGCAAGCACAACCCUCACUGGCCCAGCAGUCCAAAUUACGAUCGGCUUCCUUCCGCAAGGGGUCCAUAUCCACCGGUGUCACCGGGCCUCUGUCGCCAGGCCCGUUCAGCCCCGAUGGCGAGUCGGCGACCGACAUUUAUCGAAAGCACGUCACACGCAUAGAGGAGCUGGAGAAGGAGAACAAGCGGCUCGCCAAAGACGCCGCGGAGUCGGAGAAGCGAUGGAAAAAGGCUGAGGAGGACCUUGCCGAUCUGCGUGAGGAGGACGGCGACGCCAGCGCGAAGCCGCCUGCGUCGGACGAACAGGUCGACAAGCUCAAGUCUGAAAUCGCGGCGCUCGAACGCCAAAACUCCCAGCUCCAGCAGCAAGUCUCCCGGGGCACGGCACGCCAUGGGUCCUCCCCGUCGUCCGCCGCGGGCUCGCCCCCCGCCGUCGCCGAGCUUGAAGCCCGCCUGAUCGACAAGUCAGCGACGAUCGAGACGAUGGAGCUCGAGAUAUCCAAGCUCCGCGCCCAGCUCGAGCGCAGCACCUCGGACCGCGAACAGAUCCCCGCCCUCGAAGAGCGGGUGGGCCGCUCGGAGAAGGCCGCCGGCCUCGCCCAGCGCGAGCUCGCCGACCACCGCCGCGACUUCGACCGCACCGCCGAAGAGCUGUCCGGAGGGCAGCGAGCGCAGGAGCGCGGAAACCAAGCUGCGCGCCGUCAAAGAGGACAUCGCCGACGUCUACUGGGGGCGGCCCUGGGCGUCACAUAG